UUUUGCAGAAUCGCUGAAGAUAUUGUAUUGUGUGCUGGUGUUUUGACCGAAAAAUCGUAAAAAAUUGCAAAUUUAUUAAAAAAAAUCACAAAUUUCGAGAAUGCCAAGUCCCUCGGCAGCAGCUUCGGCAAUGCUAAGGAGUUGUCUGAUAUAAUGACUGGUAGUUUCAAGGUGCAACUCAUCAAUAUGGGUACUCGUGCUGCUGCCUUUCAGGCAAAGUUACGUUGCCUUCACGAAUAUCAUGUACGUCUUUUGCACAAUAUUUUACCAGCACCCUCCGGCGUCGAUAUCGCUAAUAAUAUUAAAUACUUUUCUCAAACUCUCCUAACUGUCCUUAAAGAUGUACGCACUUCUCCACACGAUCUUAUACGGGAUCCCUCUGAAGAUCCUACCCGCAUGUCAGCCUAUCCAAAUCUAGAAUACGGUAAUCUCUAUAAUGCUUUAACUAUACUUAUUGAUGUGGCACCUUGUAUACAAUAUGGUCAAAUAGUUUUCGGUAAAGCUCUGCUGCAAUGCCUGUGCUGUAUUUUGCCAUUUUUGGAUAAGGAUUUAAUUGAUAAUUUGCCUUAUCUGGCUAGUUCUACGAUCUCUGUCUUACCCCCCGCUCUAUACCAAGAUAUUGUUAAUGCUCUCUGCUAUUAUAUCUUACCCUUUACUAUAACUCGUAAAAAUGCCGAUGAACAGGAGUCGCAAGCAUGUCAAUCGGUGUCUUCAGUUAUUAUGAUGAUCUUGCAAUAUUCUAACAAUCCAGCUCACCAUUGUCAGCUUCUAGAAUGUUUAAUGACACUAAAACACAAUGUGGUUAAGGAUAUAUUAUGCGUCACUGCCUAUGGUACUUCAGCUGCGCGUUUUGCUGCUGCUAAACUGCUAUUUUAUUAUUGGCCAGCAUUUGAUCCCAAUUUAUUUGAUCGCAAAGUUUUACUAUCAAAAUUAACAAAUGAUUUAGUUCCAUUUGUUUGUCAACGUGAGCAUUGCCCUAACUCUGGUAAUGCUGAAGCCGGUAAAGUUUGCUUUGACCAUAGCAUCAGCAUUACUUAUGCUCCGGACUGUCCGCCUCCCUUGUAUCUUUGUAUAGAAUGCGCUAACGAAAUACAUCGCGAGCAUGCGAAUCUCACAUUUGGCGAUAUUCUACAUCCUAUGCAGCAAGUCUCGAUGGUGUGUGAAAAUAAAAACUGUCGCUCCACCGAGAAAUCGGCUUUUUCUAUUUGUUUUUCAACUGAAUGCGCUAGUUACAAUGGGAAUCAUCCUAUACGUUACUGCGCUCAGUGUCAUAGUAAUCGUCAUAACUCACGUCGUGGAAUAGAUCACGUUGUUCAUCGAAGUUUACCCCCGGCCUGGCAGAUGGACGCUGAAAUGCAAAUGCAUAUGGUUGAGUGCGUAAUUAGUCUACUAAGAGAAGCUAAACCGCUAAAUUUUGAACCAGGCAAAGAGUCUGCAGAGAUGAAGAAGAAUGGCAGCAGUGGGUCUACAGCGGGAACAGCAUAUGCGCCUAACGGCUUAGUGCCUGAUAACAUAUCACCCGAAGAACGGCAGCAAUUGGGUCGGUACGGAAUUUGGUUGCUAGUAGGCCGUUGUUCACCUACAGCAGACACGCCAGUAGAAAUAUUGGGUCGCAUUUUAAGUAUGCUUUUUCAUUGGUUCCAUGUUACGGCUUAUUCUUACGAUGCAGGACAAAUCGAAAGCACAAUCGAGAAACUUAAAACGGAUCAUGUUGUGGGAUGGCUUAAGGAAAUUUGCCGAAUACAUUACAAUGUUUUCAUUUCUUGUCUUUUGCCGCAUCCACCUGAAUACGCUCGCGUAGGUGGUCAUUGGGAGACAUUGGCUUCACGCACUUCUCAUCUCAAGGAAGGUCUGCAACGUCUAAUCUGCCUUGUACCGUAUGAGGUAAUAACUUCCGAAAUUUGGGACUACGUUAUGCCGCAUUGGAUGGAAGCGAUUACAAACGAUGUGGCGGAGAAAGAAUUAAAUGAUUUAAAAAUUGUUUUAAGCAAAAUACUAGAUCCCGAAAUGUCUCCAUUAGGCUUCGAUGCAAAGACCAUGUAUAAUUUCGUUGCUAUACGGUUUGAAAAGACGACUGCCAAGGUGCAACAGCAAGCUUUGCACUGGCUGCAGAUACUCUCGAAGCUAGGAAUUUUAAUACCUUUGAAUCAACUAUUUGCUAUGUUCGAAGACGGUGUACGAAUAAUGAAAUAUGGUAUACAGCAGGAGCUGAUGCGUGAAAAAGAGUGCAAAGGGGCAGCAAAAACUGCCCCAAAAGACGGCAAAACUGAUGUAAACAAUCCACCGAGACGCAGUUCAAUAUCUCCUGUGGUAGAAGAUGAUUCCGGCAAUACUUCAGCUAUUUCAGAUGAUGAAGCGCCUACGAAUAGACACACCGAGUUUUCUACGGACGCUGAGCAUAACCUUACAUGUUGCAUAUUAAUGUUGGACAUACUUCUCAAACAAAUGGAGCUGCAAGAUAUAGAACAGCAUAUGGGCAUAUAUACCUCUGUUUGUGAGAAUGUGUCACGUUUAUUGAAAUGUAUGGUGACCGCGGCGCGUGUAGGACUUAGCAGUCAUGUAUGCUCCUUGAAGGAAUGCGCCUAUUGUGAGGCUUCCAUAAUGUGGCAUCAAUUGUCCACUAAGAUUGUACAAUUUAUGGCCCCUUUAAAUCCUUCCAGGCCUCCCGAUCUACCUUUGGAAGAUAUAAUUGAAGAGGAGAAAUCUUCGCGCAAAAGUCCCCCAGAAGGUGAUAAAGAGAAAACUAGAGAACGCGAUGUUUCUCUUUCAAUGGCUCCUUUGCCCAUACCAUUGGGACCUCUUGGAGGCUUUUCAGCUCACGCUCCAUACUUUACAGACGAUGGAAAAAUUAUUAUUAUGGCAGGCCCCGUUCCUGUUGCUGUGCCACAACCGGAACCUCAUUCGGUUGGUGGUGUCUUAGUGCACAUGCCACACGUUUGUUCAAAUAACAGUAACGGCCAAACAAUUGAAACAAUUGAAUUGAGAAAAGUUCAAGCCACAGACGAGAUCAUGACAGCUACCGUGGAGACAGUAUCGGAACAAUUGGAUUUAGCUUCGCUACUGCCGGCUGAUCGCGCUGUUGCUCGAUCAAUCACUCUCUCAGAUGCCGAUGUGGGAAGCGCCAAUGUCAGCGUUACUAAGGCCUCAGUUAUAGGGGAGAAUGGAGUUAACGGUAGCACAGGAGGUGCUUGUGUCGAUAAUGCCAGUCUUUCCGAUGAGGACGAAGAAGAUGAAGACGGUGACGACUUCUGGCACACUUCGGUGGGUAAAUUUAAAUUUGCCCUGGACCAGUUGCCUCAGCCUUUACAAUACAUACAUCAGUUAUUAACGGAAAUCCCUACAAUUAAAAAACCGGACAUUCUCUACUAUAUAUUGCAGUGCUUGAAUGUGAUGGCUUUGCACGGGGAUGCUUUGUCUAAAGCAGCCAAGGAGCAUCGUGGCUUCUUCAUUUGGUGUCAAGAGAAUUUAUUGAUAAAAAAUCUCUGGGAUCUUUGCAAUGCUGAACAGUCGCACAUUUGUCAAGUUUGCGUACCACUGCUAUUGCAUUGCAUAACUUUACCCCUAGGAUCGGAUGUGUUUUGGCGCGUGGUGCAGGAAGCCUUCCACGACACUGAUUGGCGAGUACGCUUCACAGCAGUUGAACGAGUCACCGUAAUUACGCGCUUUAUGGAUUCCAUACCGUUGCGUACCGAAGUUGGCUUGCAAACAGCUUUAGCGACGGCGUUCUGUCAUCUCAUUGCUAGCAUGGAUGAUAUUAAUGUAUAUGUAGCACAGCGUGCGACUCUAUACAUUGGGACCAUACAUGACACCGCAAUUCGGUCACUGCUCUUCUGCUUAGAAUCGCAAUUCGACCUUUUCAUAGUGGAUCGCCCCGUUGUCUUGCAAUCGGUCUACCAACUGCAUAAUUCUCUAUCCGACCGCAAAGUAUUAACUUGGGAAUUUUUCUUAAAUCGUUUCGAUACGCUAUUUGUGGAAGCUCAAAUUACUUUGGAGAAAGGUGGUGAUAUUGCAUAUUUAAGGGAUUUAAGAAAUUCGGAGAACGGCAGUGAAGCUUUAUCUUCAAAAAUUUUGAAGGCACGCGAAGCUUUAAGUCAAAGCGAUACCACUACUGGCAGCAUGGCCAAAACGUUAAGUGCGUCCUUCGGGACUAAAUGGCCCUAUAAAAGGACGCUGUCUGCUCCGGCGAGCAUGGUACCAAGACAAGAUAGCAAAUUCGUACCUGAUAAAGAGAAAAUUUAUAGCCGCCAAAUUUCUGCACCCAUAUUAAAAAGGAAAACCUCACGCUUCGGUUUGGAUCUGUUGCUCACAUUUCACAGGGCUAGUCUUUGUCUGGAUCUUCCAAUAACAUAUGGUCAUAUACAUUCUUUGGGAGGUUUAAAUGACGAUAAUAUUAUGGGUUUGUUGAGUCGUAUAACUGAAUUGGAAGAAUCCGAUCGUGAAACAAUUCAUUUAUUGGUGUUCUUGUUAAUGCAAUUCAUGUCACGGACAGAUCAAGCUUUUCCCUCGGAAGAUAAACCAAUCUCAAAGACCCAGAGUAUUGUACUGAAGCACUUAUUUUUGUUGUUGGGUCACAAUCAAUUGGACAAAACCUUCCACGCGACAGCAGAAUGUUUGCGGGCUUCUGCUGUUUUCAAUGCUUUUUUGGCUAAUUUGCCACAAGUCUUGGAUCAAAAUCAUUUAAUCGGUGGUCAUAUAUUACCAACAGUGAUGCAAGUUAUCCUUUACGCUCCGAAUCCUCAUAACUUAACGGGCGACGCUUAUCAAAAGCAAGUCUUUAAUUAUUCUUUAUGGCAUUUGGAACAAUAUCCGCGUCGAAAUUGGAUAUUCACUAUGCUGGUGAUUUUAUAUAAAUAUUCUUAUACGCAGCCACCGCAAAGUUCGUACACUAAUUCCGCGAUACGUGUAGUAAUGAAUAGCCUGCGUAAUCAUUUUCAUCAAUGUCGGCGCAUACCCACCACUAUUUUGGAUAUACCGGGAAAUACACGUUCCAGGGAUGUUAGUCAACCGUCGUUGGGAACUGAUCCGGAUGAUAAAGAACAAAGUCCACCGGCAAGUCCUAUGUUUCCCUCGGAAGGCACUAGUGGCGCUUCAAAAGGAAAAGGACAAAAUGUAGCUUUUACUCCCAAAUUGCAACAUGCAUUCAGAAAGUACACUGACUCUAGUCUGGAUGCCGAUGAAACUGAAUCUGAAUUGGUAGCCAUACCAGAAAGUGAUCUCUCUGAUAGUACUCUGCAAGGAAGUAGUGCGCCGGGUUCUUUUGAUGAUACCAUGCAUUUAGAAGAGAUAACUACUACUAAAGUGGAAGUUUUAAAGCAGCGUAAGACUUCAGAAUUACAUGACGAAAAAUCUUCGAAAACACUUAAGUCCAUGAUCACCACUAAGACUGGCGAUACAUAUACUACAAAAAUCAAAGCUACAGCUGCUGACACGGUAUCUACAACGAUCGUAACUACACACUCACGUCAUAGCCUACAAGAAGGCGUGCGUAUGAUCGUUACUCCGUUGGUGGCCAGAGAAACCACGGAAACAGCUAUUAUAAGCCCACCCGUUGACGUGCAUCGAGCCAUCACUGUGCGUAACAAAACUUUUUCCGAUUCAGGAGCUACGUCCACUUCAAAAAUGUUUGCUGCCAUAGCUACCAAUCAUUUAAAAGCCUUGGGUACUUUACAAGACACGCAAUUUAAGGUGGUUGAUGCGAAAGGUUCGCAGGCGUCUAGUAAUGGUUCACGUUCAACAAAUGGUAGUUCAGAAGGUUCCGAGAAACGAGGUGCCGCUAAAGCUAAAAUGAUCGAGACCCAGCAAAGUUUAGUAUCAGCCAGAAAAGUAAUGGGUCGUCAAAAAACUAUUGUGGAGUGCAAUGCUUCCAGCUCAUCACCUGGUACUGAUGAUUCGCGCUUAAGUGCUAAUCACAAAACUAAACCACAAAGUAAGACACUUAAACGUUCCGAAAAAGCCUACGGUUCCCCCGACUCUCCACUUUCCAAAAUGAACGUUAUGCCAAAUCCUACGGAUGAACUAGAUAGCUCUUGCCUACCAACACCAAAAAGUAUAACUUCUUUGGAAAUACCAACGCCAGAACGUUUAUUACCAAUUGGGCCACAACAGAGUGUUACCGCAAUAGUUGAGCGUGUACGAGAAGGCCUCCAUCUACCCGAUAUCAGUCACUUGAAACAAGAUAGUUUGGAUGCUUCCGAAAGCAUGAAAGACGACGUAACAUCGAAUAGCUGCACUAAUUCACCUAGACGCUUAAUUAAACAAGUAGCUUUGGAAGAAUCUCUUAUAUGCGGAGGAAACAACAUGAACAAAGAAGAAACCAUGGAUCAUCAUACGUCUCUUCUAAAAACAAUGAAGCUAAAAGUAAGAAUGAAUAGCAAUAGUGGCGAUGUAGAAAAUGUUGUAGCUGGACCUGCUCAAAUGCCAACAAGUUCGCACACAAAAUCGGAUAGCUCUAAGAGACCUCGUCAAAAAAUGGCGCCUUUCAAUAUGGAUAUGAACAUUUUGCCAGACAUGCGUUCUCGAUAUGCCGGUUCAUUUCCACCGCCACCUUAUCAAUCUCCCGAUGAACAGUUUGACGAACUGGAAGACGGACAAGAAAAUGGCGGAACACAACAAUCGGGUCACCAGCCAAAUCGCGUGAGUACUCGUCGGGUAGGUGAUUACGCUGUUUGUGAACGCUGUUCGGAGUGCGGCGCUUUAAUCGAAGAAUAUACUGACGAGGAAGUCGGUCUUUUAAUCGUGAUUUUAGGCACAUUCAUACACCGUGAACCAGCGAUGGCAGCACCGUUUUUACCAGAAAUCUUAACCAUAACGGCAAAGAUUUCAUCAACCAGUACGUUUGCUUGGCAAGGAGAGAACGGUCCGCCGUUGGUAUGCAGUGCUCAAGCCGUAGCUUUACAGUUUUUACGCUGUGUUUUACACCAAUUAACACCAAACGGUAUUUUCUUACAAAUUUUGCAAACCGAUGUCAUAAAAAAAAUCAGGCGAAAUACAUUCCGGAGUAUAGUAAAAGCCCUGCAAGACUUUCAAGAAUUAAACGCUUCAAGCCCUGUGUAUAUGGUCUGUGAAGCUUUGCAGGCAAAGAAAUCACUACCUUUGGAAUUAUUACCCGUUAUUUUCCGCAAUAUGGCCGAAUAUUUGCAAUGCAUUCCAGUGGAUUCGAACAUAAGUCCGGCGGCUUGGAUUCAAGCCACAACAAGUUUGGAAAAUCUUUUACGUCAAGUUUUAGUACAUCUACCAACCGUCACGAACCACGAAAAUUUACUUAGUUUAAUUGUAGCUACUUUGCGUUUGAACUGUGUACCGAAAACUCUGUUGGAUCCUUAUUCAAAAAUCUUAGCCUAUUGCGUACAACACACCAAUUUAGAGUACCACGUACUUUACGACAUAUGCAUAUACGGGCGAAGUUUUUCUCGGGAUCGUGACAAGCAAUACUUAUGUCGCCAGCUGAUUUUCGAAUUUAUUCAAGCAUUGAAAUUUAAAAUCAGCAUUCCGGAUCACAAUUUACUAAUGAUAAUUGGUUUCGUCCUUUUGGAUGCCGGUUGUGCUUUCCCACCUGGUACUUUACAAGGCAUACCUGACUUACCGCCAGCUCUUACGACAAAUGCAGCCGAAUGCUUGCGCCAGUAUAUUAAUGACGUCAUCGACUUUUUAGCCGAUUUUCAUACGCUCAAUAAGAUUAAGAACUUUAAGAACAGUCUAACCCAAAACGGUUUGAGUGAGGAUACCUUAGGCGGUGUCUUAAAAGGAGCCGUUUCGCAAUAUUUGGCUAUGGAAAUGUCACGCGGAAAUUCUAGAGACAACAAGGCUGUAGCACGCUACUUACCUUGGCUGUAUAAUGCCCCUUCAUCUCUGCAGCAGGGGCCAAAAGAGUUUACUGAGUGUGUUGGUCAUAUGCGCUUGCUUUCCUGGUUGUUGUUGGGAUCCCUCACACAUAUGGCUUUAAUGCAAAGGCGUUCUACCGUGCACAUAGCUGGGGUGACUCCUGCCCACACUUCAGGAAAUUCAGCCUUACUUCACAAUCAACCUUAUCAACCAGUUCCACAGGACGCCUCUUGCCAUAUAGCCGAUCACAUUCAAGUAAUAUUUGCCGGGUUCGCAGAGCAAUCGAAAGCAUCCGUCUUGCACAUGUCAUCGUUGUUUCACGCCUUCACUCUGUGCCAACUUUGGACGGUUUAUUUGGAACAAAUUGCCCAUGCAUCUAAUAAUUCAGAGGGGAAUACGAUGGGUGUGCUGUUUGAGUUUUGGGCUAAAGUGACGCCUUGUAUCUUGCAAUUAGUCUCUCAUUCGAAGCCCCCAAAGGACACUACAGGUGAAUUUUCACAAAACUCCAAUGCAAAGCUUUCGGAAAUGGUCAAUUUGCAUUUUUUAAGUCUUUUAGAAGCCUUAAGAGAAACAAAUUCAACAGUACUAAGCAAACUCUUGCCAUUGUGGAGUCCAGUAUUAUCAUCACAGACGCAGCUCUCGGACACUCUGCACGUACGCUUGCAAAAUGUGCGUGACUAUGCUCCGGAUUAUCAAGAGCAACAAACACAGCAAAGUAGAAUAUUAUUAAGAUGGUUACAACGUUUACAAUUUAAAAUGGGGCAAAUUGAAUUACAAGCGUCUACGGCUACGCAAUUCUACUCAAUUUAAUAUUCAAUACGUCGCGUAAAAAAAAUAU